UCUUCAAAACUCUUUUCUCUCUCUGCUCAGUUGGAAAGCUCUUCCAUUUAUUCCGAUGACUUCGUUUCCCGCUAUUUCAUCAAAUCAUGGCUUCAAUUCCAGUAUGAUAAUCCCCCAACAAACACUAAUACUCGUCUCCCACGUCUUCUUUCUCCUUCUCAUUGGAAUUACAGCUUCUUUGGGGGCCCCUCCUUCUGCCCUGGAAAUCUCUAAAUCCACAUGCACUUUCUCCAAUCAAGAGUAUCAGGUCAAUCAAACGUGGUAUAAAUAUUUACGCACACCCAACUUGAAUGCUUGUGUGCGAUGUACUUGCAAAUCGGAUACAACUUUUGGAAAUGUCGUUAACUGCUCCAACAUCACUUGUAGCAAGUUAUUAUGUGAAGACUCUAAAAAAGACGAAUGCUGCGACGAAUGUUACGAUUCAGAAAUUUUAAAGACGGUUAAAUCGGGAGCCUUGCAGGCUGAAGCCAAAUUACCUUGCUUGCAUAGCGGUCACGUUUAUCAGGAUGGAGAAGAAUUCUCGUCCAACGCUACGGAUCUGCAAGCUCAAAAACCGAACCAGUGUAUUCACUGCAUCUGCAAAGCAGGCCUAGUUCUUUGCCGAUUGAAAAACUGCAAUUCGCUUCAUUGCUUUUCAUCAGACCCAAAAGAAUGUUGCCCUUCCUGUAAAGAUGAAAUUCUACCUAGUGAGCAAGCAAGCCCUUCCAACCCAGUGCUCGUAACCAUAAUGAUUUCUGAUAGCCAAUCUAUUAAAGGAGAUUGUAUUGCGGCAGGAGUCACCUAUAGUCACGGAUCAACCUGGCAUCCUGUGAUCGGUCCCUUUGGUCCAAUGGAUUGCGUUUACUGCAAAUGUCAAAAUGGGAAAAUUGAAUGCAGCCGUUUAAACUGCCCUCCACUUCAACAAUUGCCCUGUUCUAAACCCAUUCAAGUUCCAGGCCAUUGCUGUCCUCUGUGCACAGGAGAAGCACCAGCUAUUCUUGAAAAAGAUAUUCAGCCUCCUCUGCUCCAGCCACCAAUUUCUGUCACGAUGGAACACAAAGGACUCCGACAAAUUCCAGAUUCAAAGAAACCAUCAGAGCCAGCCAUCCAUUGCUUACCUCCUCAAACCAAUACAAUAGUAUUUCGAAGUCAUGCAUCAAGUAGUUCUAGCGCCUAUUACCAAUACGCAUUUCAGUCUGUUAAUGGAGAUCAGAGCACUCGGCUUCUCACUUGGACAGUCAAAGAUGGUCGCAUUGGAGAUUUUUCCGAGCAGCAUCUUUCGAAGGAAGAAUUCAAAGCCCUCAUGGGAACCUUUCAAUUUAAACUACAAGGGGCUACAAGGACAAAAUUCAUGGAGAAGUUCAUUCGUAAAGCGAAGCGGUUGCCAGAACGUUGUGGCGGGCGAUGUGCAACGAAAAUUCAACACUUAGGACAAGUUCUUCAUCUACGCGAAGUCAUCGAAAGACCACAAUGCCUCGCACAAGAAACAUCCUUUCAUCAAUGACGUACUUUAUUUCGGAGAAAAUGGAUCUCGAUACAUGAAAAUACUCCAAAUGACACAAUGCUACCUCUCAUAGCAAUUUUUUCUAUGUGAUUUACCAUCAGCUCUAGAGCACUUACAAUGCCAUAGCAUUCCAACAAUACUUUCUGCGUUCUUACCAUCCUUUUAAAAAU